GGUGAGAUUUAGUGAUAAAACAUUAAACCGAAUAGCAGAAUCAUAUCCCAAUCUGAAGUACCUCAACUUGGAAGGGUAUAAUGAUAAUAGAUUAAUAACUGAUAAAGGUCUAUAUGUAAUUACAAAUUCAUGCUAUAAAUUAGAAUAUCUGAAUAUUUCUAGUCACAAAGAAUUUUCUGAAAUAGUCAUUUGGAAUGUUAUUCAUUCUUGUCUGAGGAUUCAAGAGUUUGUUAUUUAUGAAUGUAAAAUAUCCAAUACAACCAUCAAGGAAAUUGAAUUAUAUCUUAAAAUAAAAUAUAUUAAUCCAGGUACCGCUAUCUGA